GGUGAGACUAAUAACAGCUGCGGAGCUCCCAGGACACUGAGGACCUGGCAGGGGAAGGUGAGCCCAUCCAGGGGAGCAGGGCUCCUGGAAUCAGGAUCCGCAGCCCCAAAAGGAGUGGCCCUGCCCCUCAUGUCACCUGGGGAAAACUUGGACCCGAUUCCUGACUGCUUCAUCCUGCAGCCGCCAGUCUUCCACCCGGUGAUUCCAUAUGUCACAACCAUUUUUGGUGGCCUGCACGCAGGCAAGAUGGUCAUGCUGCAGGGAGUGGUCCCUCUACGUGCCCACAGGUUUCAGGUGGACUUCCAGUGUGGCUGCAGCCUGUACCCCCAGCCGGACAUCGCCAUCCACUUCAACCCUCGCUUCCACACCACCAAGCCCCAUGUCAUGUGCAACACCCUGCACAGUGGACGCUGGCAAAGGGAGGCCCGCUGGCCUGGCAUGGCCCUGCAGAGAGGGGCCAGCUUCCUCAUCCUCUUUCUCUUCAGGAAUGAGGAGGUGAAGGUGAGUGUAAACGGAAGGCACUUUCUCCACUACCGCUACCGGCUCCCACUGUCUCGGGUGGACACCCUGGGCAUAUUUGGUGACAUCUUGGUGAAGGCCGUUGGGUUCCUGAAUAUUAGUCCAUUUGUGGAGGGCAGCAGAGAGUAUCCCACUGGAUACCCCUUCCUGCUGCAGAGUCCCAGGCUGCAGGUGCCCUGCUCACGUGCUCUUCCUCAGGGCCUCUGGCCGGGGCAGGUCAUCAUAGUUCGGGGACUGGUCUUGCAAGAGCCAAAGGAGUUCACUCUGAGCCUGAGGGAUGAGGCCUCUCGCACUCCUGUGAUGCUCAGGGCAUCCUUCACAGACAGAACGCUGGCCUGGGUCUCACCCUGGGGAUUCAAGAAGCUCAUCUCAGCCCCUUUCCUUUUUUACCCCCAGCGGUUCUUCGAGGUGCUGCUCCUGUGCCAGGAGGGAGGGCUGAAGCUGGCACUCAAUGGACAGCCGCUGGGGUCCACCAACCUGGACCAGCAGACCCUGGAGAGGCUGCGGGAGGUCCGCAUCAGUGGAAGCAUCCAACUCUACUGUGUCCAUUACUAAGGAGGAUUCCAAAGGGACCCCGGCCAGAGAGAGGAUGGCCAGUCCACUCCCAGGGCCUGUGGUGGGGCCCCACUCUGCUGCCUUCAUUAAACUGUCCUCCUGUCA